CGAGAGACGUGACUUUAAGAAACGUUAGCCAAUGCCGUGAUACGUCUGUAAAACGUCACUUGGCAUUAGUAGCAUCCGGGUGAGCAGUUUGAGGUUGGCUCAGAUUUUUUUCCUCUGAAGCUUUUGGCUCUUGGUCUUGAGGAUGUACGGAUCCUUGCGGGUGCUACUGCAGGUGCUGUGGGCCCAGCUUCUCUGUGGGUGGGUGCUGGGCUCGGAGCUCACCUUUGAGCUGCCAGACAACGCCAAGCAGUGUUUCUACGAGGACAUCAUCAUUGGCACCAAGUGUACGCUGGAGUUUCAGGUGGUGACAGGCGGCCAUUAUGAUGUGGACUGUCGUUUGGAGAACCCAGAUGGCACUACACUCUACAAGGAGAUGAAGAAGCAAUAUGACAGCUUUACCUUCACAGCAGCCCAGAACGGCACCUACAAGUUCUGCUUCAGUAAUGAGUUCUCAACCUUCACCCACAAGACAGUUUACUUUGACUUCCAGGUCGGAGAUGACCCCCCGCUCUUCCCCAAUGAGAACAGAGUCACUGCUCUCACCCAGAUGGAAUCAGCCUGCGUGUCCAUCCAUGAGGCCCUGAAGUCUGUCAUCGACUACCAGACACACUUCCGCCUCCGUGAGGCCCAGGGACGCAGCAGGGCAGAGGACCUCAACACUCGUGUGGCGUUCUGGUCUAUCGGAGAAGCCAUUAUCCUUCUGGUUGUCAGCAUCAGCCAGGUGGUCCUGCUGAGAAGCUUCUUCUCUGACAGGAAGACCACUACAACACGUGUCGGAUCGUAACAGUCUCUGAGCCCUGGGAUCUGAUUCAUCACUUUGUUUAUCCAUAUAUGGCUCGUAUGCAUAGAGUCGGUUAGAACAGCAGUGCUGAUCAGAUAUUAGAUCAUAUCAAAACUGCCAGGUCGUACAAUCUGACACGUCAUUCAGCACUGCUGUUCUCAGAGACUUUAUGCAAAUGAGUCUUAAGCAUAAAGGUUGUAUGUGUUUGAAAGGUUUUUGAGGUGUAAAAGAAAUAACCUGAAGAAAGGCUUGAUUGUGUUGCUUAAAACUAUCUGUAUUGGAGGCGUUGAAGCAGCUUAAACAUGUAGUUUAAGCAAACCUCAAGUACUUUAAAUAUUUGAAAUAAUUUCUAAUUGUGUUCCCUCUUUUUUUUUUUUUUUUUUUUUUUAAAUUGUCCUUUUUUUUUUUUUUUUUUUGCAGAGUUCUACCCCCAUCAUCUCAUACCCUCUGAUCUAUUAUCCAUUUUUCAGCCCAAACUGUGCACUGAAAUAACUAAGGGGUGGGAAGUUGUAACUAAACAUACUCAGAAUGUAAGAAAGCUGAGAAUUUCUCUCCUUAUCUGCAGAGCAUUGGGUCACUACAAACCACACUGGCAAGCCAAGGUUUUCUCCACGUUGGUUGCAUUUCAUUGUGAAAAAUCUGUUGCAUUUUUUUUUUGUCUUUGUUAUUAAACUCACUGUAUAGAGUGAGAAAGAGUAGAUACUGUGUUUGCUUUUAUCAGCUUUGUCAUUUUAGAUGAGUAAUGAGAGGAGACUGGAAUCUGCUGUACAGAGACUAAGCCAUCCUUAACUCUAAUAUUGGCUCAAACACUUGUACAAAAGUUUGUAUUUAGGUUGAAGGACUGAAAAUUAGAGAUGUGGAGGGACCCAAUUUCUUUAAAAAAAAAUGUUGGUUUUUGCAUUUUAGAUUCCAUUUGUUGGGAAUUACACGUCUGAUUAAAGUCGUGCUUCAAUUUGGUAGGUAAAUGUAUCCUUAAAAUUCAAAAGUUACAUUUAGGACCUUUAUAACAUCUAUGUGACUCGUCGUGGGAGAUGAAAAGGAAAAAAACCUGAAUGUUAUUGUGUUUGAAAAUACAUUGAAGUGGCAAUGCCAACAGUUUUAAGCACACUGACUUGUUAUUAAAACUUUCACUGGUUCCCAUGCAUUGUUAUAUCUAAUUCUGCCUUUGCUGUUUAAAUUGUAACAACUUAUUUAUCUGUGGGCUGAUAUUGAUUUUAUACAGCACUGUUGUAAAAUUUGUUUUCAAAAUAUUGCUUGAAUAUAAGACUAUUCUGGUCAUUUUGA